AUGGAGGAUGAAGAGCAUGGUAAAGGUGGUUUGAAUAGUAUUGUUGUUGACAAUACAUCGGCGUCGCAGUUACAGAACCCCAUCAUCAAAAAGGAAAGCGAUAGCACCGCUUCAUCCCCUAAUGCCAGCAAGGACUCUAGGUUAGGGACUCUAUCACCUGAUGAUCAAAAAGCUCGAAGUGACAGUGCAUCAACCCCCGAUGGCCAACCGCCGAAGCUUACUCGUAAAGCAUCUCACAAGAUCGUGCCUCGUCUUGUUCAACUUUACAACGAUCUACCUGAUGUCUCGUCAGAUUCAUGCAAACACUUUCAGAUUAUUCCAGAUUGCUUAUAUGGCUCUAAGUCACUUGGAUCUACAGAUCAUGAUUCUCUUGAUUGUGACUGUAACGAAGAAUGGCGGGAUGGCAUGAACCAUGCCUGCGGCGACGAUUCAGACUGCAUUAAUCGAGCAACUAAAAUGGAAUGUGUAGAUGGCGACUGUAAUUGUGGCAACGGGUGUCAGAAUCAACGAUUCCAGCGCAAGCAGUACGCUGAUGUGUCAGUGAUCCAAACGGAUAAGAAAGGCUUCGGACUUCGGGCAAACGCAUCCCUUGAAGCUAAUGAUUUCAUCUUUGAGUACAUCGGAGAGGUUAUCAACGAGCCAACCUUUCGAAGACGCAUGAUCCAAUAUGACAAGGAAGGUAUCAAGCAUUUCUAUUUCAUGUCCCUGACCAAGAACGAAUUUGUGGAUGCCACCAAGAAAGGUAACCUUGGCCGAUUCUGUAAUCACUCAUGCAAUCCAAAUUGUUAUGUGGACAAAUGGGUGGUUGGCAAUAAGCUUCGCAUGGGCAUCUUCGCCAGCAGAAGUAUCCAACCAGGUGAAGAAUUGGUAUUCAACUACAACGUCGACAGAUACGGAGCUGAUCCCCAACCCUGCUACUGCGGGGAACCAAACUGCAUUGGAUUCAUCGGAGGCAAGACCCAAACGGAGCGGGCCACUAAACUGUCCGAUGCGACCAUUGAAGCACUUGGCAUUGACGACAGUGAUGGUUGGGAUACUACAGUUGCAAAGAAACCUCGCAAGAAGAAGAUUACAGAAGAUGACGAGGAGUACGUCAAUAGCGUACAAGCUCGUGGUCUAGAUGAAAAAGAUGUCACAAAAGUCAUGGCCACUCUUAUGCAGUGCAAGGAGAAAUGGAUUGCAGUCAAGUUGCUCGAGAGAAUCCGACGAUGCGACGAUGAUCGAGCCCGUAACCGAGUUGUGCAAAUGCACGGCUAUCAAAUUCUCAAAACGGCGCUGAACAACUUUAUGGAUGAUAACAAUGUUGUCCUUCAAAUCUUAGACAUCCUCUACCAGUUCCCUCGUUUGACUAGAAAUAAAAUCUCCGACUCCAAAAUCGAAUCCGCCAUACAACCGUUGACGAAGUCGGAGCAUGAGGAUGUAGCUGCAGAAUCUGUGCGACUGUUGGAUGAAUGGAGCAAACUGGAAGUUGCAUAUCGAAUCCCACGAAAGAAGCUCGAUCCAAAUGCUCAACAAACACCGGGUGCGCAGCAGCCCACGAAUUUCAUUGAAGAACGUCGUGGUAAUCGCACAGAAGAGCCGCUCGCAAAGACUAGUUUUACCCUCCCAGAUAAUACUCCCAAGGGUCCACGAAGUAAUAUUCCCCAAAGGAAUCAUAAUUAUUUCAAUAAUAACAACCAACGACAUCGACGCGCACCUGUCCAAAAUCUCCCCCCUGGUUGGUUUACUGCUACUGACAAGCGUGGAAGUCCGUAUUACUAUACGAAGACAGGUAUUACAACGUGGGAAAGGCCAACUGCCCCCCCUGAACAGAACGCCUCGCAGCCAAAGGGGCCAUCCAAGGCUGCGCAAGAGCAGCAGAGGCUACAAAAUAUCAUCGAUUCCCUUACGAAACCAGAUAAUGCCCCUAGAGGAUCGGCAACUCAGACACCGCAGAGCAGCACACCAAUUCAAGAACCGAAGAAGGAAAAGUGGCGUUCUCUACCUGUUGAAAAGCAAAUGAAGAUCUACGAAAACACACUUUUCCCUCAUGUGAAGUACAUUAUGGAUAAAUUUCGCCAAAAGCUCCCCAAAGAGGAAUUGAAGAAGUUUGCCAAAGAGGUCAAUAAGAAGCUUGUCGCGUCUGAUUACAAGAACAAUCGUGUUGAUGACCCAACUACCAUUACGGAAAAACAGGCAAAGAAGGUCAAGCAGUAUGUCAGGGAUUACUUUGAACGCGGGUUUGAGAAAUACACGGCCCAUGAGAAAAAGAAGGCUGAAAGGGCCAAAAACGGCCAUGACAUACCCCAAGUAUCUCAUGAUGCAAAGUCUGUGGAGCCGCCUGCCGUCAAACACGAUGAAGACAUUGCCAUGUCAGACGACGAGGGCGUUCACUCGACCCCAAGCAGUCUAGACCGAAAGCGGAAGCGUGUGGAGGAUGCAGUGGCCUCUCCCAGCGUGACCCCUUCUGAGACUCCUUCCAUGAAACGCCUAAAGGAGGAUGAUGGCGAUGUUCCUAGCCCUCCACCUCCUCCUCCUCCGCCGCUCGACGGAGAAGCUAUCAUAGACAUCGCGACCGAGCAGCAAAACAAGACCGUCGGCGAUGCCUUGGCACACGAGACGCAAGAAGCCGAACGCAUAGCUGCGGAAGCCGAACGACAGAAGCUCAGGGAAGAAGAAGCUGCCUUGGAGCGAGAGAACGAGCUUAACAUGCUCGCUUUCGAAAGAGAGCAACAGGAUAAGUUGGCGAACGGCCUCGAGCAUGCUAAUCCUAAAGAGCUUCCUCGAGCACACAAGAAUGGAGACGGCGGUCUGUCCUCCACCGAAGAAGAUAGUGCCCCUAUUCAACAUAACACCAGGAAGCAUGAGGUUAUGAGCCAUUGA